UCUCAUUGCUUUAAUUGGGCAGGGUAGAAAAGGAAAGGCCUGCAGUUGCAUGAAUAUUCUUUACUUUUGGAUGGAUUACAUGACUGCCACCUUGUGGUCAGACUUUAUACUUACUCAAUAUAGUUUUCAGGUAAUUUACAAGGAGGACAAUGAAGAAUAGGGUAAAUAUAACAAGGCCAGUGUUGUAAUGUCUCCUAUUUUUUAACAUAAAACAAACUGUUCUCCAUCCAUCCUCCCAUGUAUCAACAGACAGUGGAUUAAGGCAUUUACCAUAUAAAUCACAACUCCUGUCCAGCAGAUGGCGAUAUUAACUUCCCUGCUUCAACCUAUUAUGAGAUCGGAAGUGUCGGCUUUUCAAAAUAAAGUAUCGUCAAGGUGAUUGUCUUUGGUGAAUUAAUCCUACGCAUAGUUCAUGGAUUACAGCCUUUGGUGGUUAUAGAUAGGCCCAUCAGUGCUCUUAGGAUCAUGACAUUUUAAUUGAUCAUUUCAAUGUUACAAACUGACAGUGCUUGUUAGUGGUUAUUGUUAAUAACCACAUAACUGGUUAUGUCGGUUAUUAACCAACAUACAAUGUCGUAUACUUUUUCAUCGACAUCCCUAGUUUCAUUUAAACAGUUUUCAAGCCCUGUUUGUAAUUGGAAACGUUCAUGUGCAACUAAGUAUACUUUUAUUUUGAAAUUAGCAACCGGGUGUAGUUCCCCUUUAUUUCCGUGUAGCUUUUUGAGCUGUCACAAGUUUUACACAAAGGGAACACCGGUGGACUGCGCGCUGUAGUUGAGGGUUGAACGUGGAUUAAAAUGUCUGAAAUGCAGCUGCUGAGGCUGUUCAUCAGUGAGAGGCUGAGUGUGGCUGCAGAGGAGAUCUUCUCCGCGGUGCAGAGGAGCAUAUCUGAGCAGAGAUCUCAUCAAGACGGUGACCACCGGCAUGGACUCAAACCGGAAGUGCAAUCACUCAAUAGAGCAGAGACGCCACAUGGAUUUAUCAGUGCAUAUGUGCAGACACACCAUGAAACGGAUUGGAGUCCAAAGAGCUGCCACAACGACCCCAGUGUGAAACAGGAGGAGUGUGGCCUGCUGGUCCCAGACCCUCCAGCUAUCAAACAGGAAGAGCCAUGGAGCAGUCCAGAGGGAGAACAGCUACCAGACAUGGAGGACACCAGCACUUUGAAAGUGACGCCCACCUUCAUUUACUCAGCCAUGACUGAGUUACAAACUCAUGACACAGGACAUGAAGACAGAAAGCCUGUACUUAAAACUUCAGCUGACCGCCGAGAGAUUGAAGGAAACGCACAGUCAAGCAGUGAAUGUUGGAAUAAUUUGCCAGAUCGUUCUGUAACUGUGAAUAACAUGGGGCCUACGCAGGGUUUAGCAACAGUGACAGAGUACAGUAUCGGAAACAUCCACACGCAGAGCCCAACAGGGAAAAAACAGUGGACUAAAAGUUGUGAACCAAACAGCUCAACUUCAUCAAAAAAAGAGACAAAUACAAGCCAAUCAUACUGCUGCAGUUUCUGUGGCAAAGAAUUCAGGCGAAGUACACACCUUGCCAUGCACACUCAAAUCCACACUGGUGAGACGAUGUACGUCUGUGAGUUGUGUGGUAAAGAGUUUCGACAUGGCAACAGUCUGACUGCGCACAUGAGGAUUCACUCGGAGGACAGGCCACACAGAUGCAGGAUUUGUGGAAAAGAGUUCCGCCAUGUUGGUAACUUGAACGUCCACACGAGAAUCCACACAGGAGAGAAACCCUACACCUGCACCGUGUGUGGAAAGAAGUUCAGUCGGAAUAAUGUAAUGACAAAACACAUGGAAGAUGUUCACUUGGCAUGACUUAAUGAGAGUUAAGCAGAAUAUCCACUUUUCUGUAAAUCUGUUCUUACUGUAUGAAAUGGUAAUGCUAUAAAGUAAAACAUGGUAGAAAUGGCUCAUGAUAGGCGGAUUUUGCGGGGAGGGGCAUAUAUAGUGGCUGAAAUAUGUUACAGCAUUACUACGUCUAAAGGUGUUCCAAUACAAAUAUUUCGUAUGUCAAUAUUUUUAAUAGAUGUAAUAUAAUGAUUGUUACAAUACAAAGCUGAAUAAUAUCAUGUUUUGUUUGAAAUAAUUUCAUUUUUGAGCAGUCGCAUGUUGUGACGUGUGUGUGACGUUAAGGACACAAGUUCCCUCGCUUUUUUUUGCAUACAAGUGAUUCAGCUAUUGUAUUACAAUAAUUAGCAGUAAUGGCUAUGCGGCGAUUUUUAAAACGUUUAAGGCGUCUACUUCUGCACUAAGUAGGACACUGGUUCAUAAUAUUGUAGCGUGUUCAAGUAACCAAGGGAUAUAGUAGUUAUCAAGUAUAAGAUGUGCACGGUUAUAAGUUUUACAGAUACAAUGCACUGUUGUUGGGGGGAGAGACCGCUCCUUCCAUAUGAGUGUGUGUGUGUACGGCGUGCAUGACAGGACGAGUUGUGUUCGUAUGUGAAAAAGUCAUACUCAGUGCGGUGAACGCUGGCUUUAUUGCUACGCAAUAGUUGGGACUGUGUACUGUGUAAAAAAGGUUUGCCCCCCCAAGCGCAAAUGUCAAACUCCGCCUAUCAUGAUGGGUUACAAUAAAAGCUGUAAAUUGCCUAUAUAAUUGUUCUGUAAAUUGAUUAUUAUAAGCAAGAAAUUAUCUUUAUGUGUAAAAUCUUUGGACAGAUAACACUUUUCAGAAUUCUUCCCCAGUAUAACAUGUCUCUUGUCAUCUCACUAAUGAUGCAGAGGUUAUGAGUGGUGGUAUACACGUAUUUAUUUGUUUCCUUCUUUUAAUGAUGACUUCUUAUAAAUAUAAUCCAGCCAGAAACAUUAAUAUUAAGAAUACAUUAAUGCAACAAACAUAAUCCAAUAAAAAUAAUGUAUAUUAUUUUGAAGUGGGCCACUCUGCAUAAUGAGUGUUAUUUAUUUACUAUUAGGAUUUGUCAAAUAUCGGAAUACCUGAAUUGAAAUGUGUAAUCCAAACUGCUUGUAAAAAGUGCCUGGUUUGUGAAGCUGAAAAAGCAAGAUGUAACCGAUUGUUAAUAAACGUGAA